AGCUAAUUUUUUCUUUGAGAACUUUUUCUUGUCUUAAAAACGAUUUGUUGUAUGUAUACUACGUACUCUUGUCUUCCCUGGAUCCCCGUCAAUUUUAGUACCUACUACCUACUGCCUAGACAAAAGUCACACCUUGUUAUCUAUUAUAAUAUAAUUAUUUCUUAAUCAAAUGUCCUAUAUAGAUUUUAGCUCAUCCUACUGAAAGCACUUUUUUUCUUCUGUUAGCACAGUUUUUAUUUGUUACUUUCUCUUUUAAGAAAUUUUUUCAGCACUUAUUUAUCUUAAUUUAGCACAUUCUCUUUAUACUCUUCUCCUCUAUGGAUUUUUUUCGAUGAUAAUAGUCACUAAUAAAAUUAUUAUUUCUAACACCACCUAUUAUUAAUUCAUUUCUUCUCUUCGCAAAAUGAUAUAUAUAUAUUUAUAUAUUAUGAUCUCUGUCCACUCAUCCUAUAAAGUGCUUAUUUAUCCUCAGUAAAAAAAAAAUAUUAUUUAUUAUAUCAAAAUUUGUCCUAUUAAUUUAUUUCUUCUCUUUCCAAAUAGUUUUAUAUUGAUCCUCUGCCCGCUCUUCCCAUAAAGUGCUUAUUUAUUUUCAUUUAUAACUUUCUCUACAUAUGUACUCUUCUCGUCUUUAGAUUUCCUUCUGUUUUAAUUGUAAAAUUUAUAAUUCUGAAAUUUAUUGAAUGUUUUAUUUAUUUAUUCACUCCACAAUAAUUUUAUUAUUGAUCUUUGAUUACUCUUCCUAUAAAUCCUUGAUUUAUCGUCAUAUUUUAGCACUUACUCAAUAAACCAUUCUCCUCUUGGGUUUUCUUCGGUUAAAAUAUUUGUCAAUAAUAAUUGAUAAUUAUUUCUUAUAUCAAAUAUCCUAUUAAUUUUUUAUCCUCUCUACAGACGUUUUUAUGAUAUUAAUCUCUGACCGCUCUUCUUAUAAAGCUCCGAUUUAUUUUAAUCCCGCACUUCCUUUAUAAUAAUAUAUUCUUCUCAUUUUUGGUUUUCUUUUGAUUAUAUAUUUGAUAUUUAUAAAUAUUGUUAUUCCAUUUAGAAUUUCCAAUGAAUUUGUGUCUUUUUUCCUCAAAUGUUCUUUUUUAGAUCUGUGACAGAUCUGUAAUUUAUAUUAUAUUCACACAUCUAAAGCACUUAUUUCUUCAUUUUCACUUUUAAGAAAAUAUCAGCACAAAAAAAUGUUAUUUUUACUAUAUACAUUACAGUAAUAUUAAUUUACACAAAAAAAUAUAUGUUUAGAAUGCAAAAAAUAAAAUUUCUGUUUUAAAUUUGUUGAGAUCUAUACCUCUUCACGGGGAACAGCAAAUCUGUUAGAUCGGCAGCUGACACCAUUCUGUUAACACGCCACUGCAGUUGUAAAUUGCAAUGCAUACUAUUUAAAUAUAAUUUACGUGAAUUUACGGUGAUGGUAAUGGUGCGUGUAAAAUAAUAUCUAUGUUAAUUAUAUUGUGUGCGUUAAAUCUAAGUCAGUGUCACGCGAUUUCGUCGUGCAUGAGUGUGUGUGACCAAACAUUACAAAUACGUUGACAGUAAUAAUAAUUUAAAAAUCAUCUUUAAUUAUUAAUUUUGUCGUUCGUUUCCUUCGGUGUCGGGACAUCAGCUAUCGUCACUCACGUACACGAUGAUUUCAUAAAAGCCUAGCACACUUGGCCAUCGACCAUGGGAUGGACGUUCUGCUGGUUGGCCGAAACCCGGACAAGCUGCGAACUGUUGCCGAGCUGAUAAGGAAAGAAUCAGCCGGUCGGCGGCGGGUGAUGACGGUAGUGGCGGACUUUUCGGAAGAUCCAGUGGCGAGAAACGGGACGGUCGUCGACGUGGGAGAGCUGGAAGAUGGCGGCUACGGCGACCGGCCAGAACAGCGGUAUGGUGGCCAGGAUGACGACGUGGGUGACAGAUGUUUCUGCGACAGCAAAGGACAGCAGCCAGCCCGUCGUAAUUGCCCCCUGUGGUAUCGGCGGCUGAGGACCGUGAUCGAGGGCCGGUUACAGACGGACGGAGGCGUGGGCGUGCUUGUGAACUGCGCAGGCGCGUGUUAUCCACAUCCCGAGUUCUUUGCCGGUAUGAAAGCUGACGGUAAUGCUGGAGCCGGUGACGGCGAUGGGCCUGUGCAGUUCACUGCAGACUAUUGCAGCAACGCAGACGUCGCCGUCCGGUGUAACGUGGCAGGGGCGGUGCACGCGUGCCGCCUUGUGCUGCCCGGCAUGUUGGCCCGCGGACGGGGCCUCGUGAUCAACGUGGGUAGUGCCUCCGCGUCCAUGCCGCCGGCCGUGCCACUGAUGGCCUUGUAUGCCGCCACAAAGAAAUUCCUGGAGAAGCUGUCUUCCGACCUGGACGCCGAGUGUGCGUACUUGACCAGAGGACGUGAAAACGGAAACGAUGGUCACGGCGUCCGUGUACAGUGCGCCCGACCUGCGUACGUGGCCACGGCCAUGUUGCGAUCUGCCAAUCCGGACGUCCGUGUGGUACCCGGUUCCGAGGACGAGGACGAAGAGUAUGACGACGAUGACAACUACGGCGACGGGUGCUGGUGGGCUUCCAGGAGGAAGCGAGUGGAGGACCGCGUCCAGCGAUGGCUGGUGCCGUCUGCUCGCCUUUGGGUUAGGUCCGCGUUGAGGCAAGGAGGCCGAUUAUACGCCCGUGGUCCGGAUUCGGAGCCCGCCAGCUACACUGGAUACUGGCCUCACACUUUAAUGGUGUGGUGCGCGCGGUUGGCCAGCGCUGUGACGCCUCGUCGGUGGUUCGUCGACCGGGUGCUGAUCCCGGGCAUGCUCGUGUACCGUGCCAAGGGUCGGGCGGCCAUCGCGGCGGCGGAGAGGAGUACAUCAGCCGCCGCGGGAGGCCGUGACAGUCGGGAGGAGACAGCGACUGCAGGACAAAAUUAGGACGACAUAAAUACAUCAUCAUCGCCGUCGUCAUCGCAAACAACAUCAUGAUGUAGGGGCGAGCAACAGUGGUGAUCAUCGGCAGCUGCGUCUGAGGGUCACAACACACUGACGUGGCAGUCAAACAACAUCAGCGGCGGGGGACGGAGGCGGUGGAGGAUUAUAGAUCUCUAUAUUAUACACACACAUUACACACUUUAUAGCAAUUCAAUUCCCAUAGGCACUUGGCGGUAUAAUAUGUAUAGGUGCCUAUGUGUCUUUUGCAAUUUACAGGUAGUAUCUAGGGGUGGUGGUCCACAAAAUUCAUGUAUGUUUUUUUUUUAAUUUUAUUUCAGAUUCCAAAAUAAAUAACUCUAACCCCUAAAAAAAAAAUAAUAA